AAGUAGCUGUUGUGCUACCGAACAGGUUGCUCAGCCCGGUUAGCCAACACACUGUGUGCGCAGAUAAAUGUGGCACUGAUGUAAGCGGUGGUUUGACGACACAUGGAAGAUCGAGUGAACAUGCGGAGAUAUGACUGCAUCUAGAAAUAACCUUGAAGAUGGAUAAGGGGGAGAGAGGUUUUAGCUAAAAAGUUAUGUUAUGGGUUUUUGUUUUUUUUUUGCCGUCCAGUCUUUUGACCCUAAAUACCAGAGGAGACAAAGAAAGGAGCCUGCUGAGCCACACACAGCUUCAUCACCACCUCUGAUGUUACCAAAUCCCCAUGUUUCCAACCACAUUUCAAAAGGGAAGCAGUCACGUCUGAGUCCAAAGCCAGCAAGAAAAGGAGGAGAUGUACCAAGGAGUCAUGGCUACAGCAACAGCCGUCCUGUUAAAGGGACCGGUGAUGAUUUUCUACAGAGAGACAGGUCCGUACGGGAUCCACUAUCAAAGGCAUCAAAAAGUAACAAUGACUCUCCUGCUCAAGGCAGAAUCAUGGGCAGGAACACAAUGGAUGCGCAGAAAAGAGGUUUUAGAGAUGCCAGAUCUGCCCCGAACUCUGCGGGGAGGUCAAAACCAGCACAGACCAACUUUGUUCCAUUUGAAGUGAAGAUGGCUGAUUUCCCAGAGUUGGCUGGUGUUUCGCUGGGAAGAGCAGGCCCUCCUCUUGUUCAGAAAGAGUGCUGGGGUCCAACUCCUGCGUCCAAGAGCCCUCAAAUGCAAACGUCAGCAUCUGCCUGGAAGUCUGGCAGGAGAGAAUCCCCAACACAGACUGAUCCCCAACAAAGUGCCACUAAUGCUAAGCCAGACUGCCCUGCCAUCACACCAGGUCAGCCAGUGGUGACAUCCUGGGCUAAUGUCGCCUCUCAGCCUCCGAAGAAACUCGUCCCUAAAGAGAAGACAAUCAGCAGCAACCACAUGCAGAUGGAGGAAAUGGCUGAGCAGCAGGAAGAGGGAGCCCCAGGGAAGAAAAAACGGAAGAAAAAGAAGAAAAAGGCUAAAGGUGCUGGUGAAGAUGCAGAAGUGGAGUCAGAAGAACCAGCAAUUUAUCAGGAGCUUCCAAAAUUUGAGGAUGAAGAAGAGUUUCCAGGCUUGACUCCUGCUUUGACUGGGACUGAUAGAUUGAUAAGCAGCAGCAAUGCAGCAAAGCUAUGCAAUGAGGAAAACCAAAGAGAAGGAGGUCAGCAACAGCCUGCUGACCAGAACAAGGAAAAAUCACCUGCAGCAAAAAGUCUGCCCACAGAGACAGCUAAAAAAGGACAGAAAGCUGAAAAAGUGUCUGGGAAGAAGAGCAAAGUUCCUGUUCAGCUGGACAUCGGAAACAUGUUGGCCGCCCUGGAAAAGAAGCAACAAUCUCAAAAAGCCAAGCAAGACGCCAAACCAGUCAUUCUCUCAGUUGGUGGGGGACUACCUGUUGUCCAGAAGCAGCUGUCAGUCCAGAAGAAACCACCCUGGCAGCAGGAUAAAAUUGCACACAAUCCCCUGGACUCCACCAGCCCUUUGGUGAAGAAAGGAAAGCAGAGAGAGGUGCCCAAAGCCAAGAAACCUACUCCUCUCAAGAAGGUCAUUUUGAAAGAAAGGGAGGAGAGGAAACAGAGACGUUUGCUGGAGGAGCGGGGUCUGCUGCCUGAAAAUGAGUUCAAACCUGCUGAUGAUCCUGCAGAAGAAAAGCAGUGUGACACAAAUUCAACAGAUGAGGUUGGGAGUCCUACAGAGGAACCUGACGAUCAGUCUGAGUUUAAUGGCACACACCAGAUGGUGAAAGAGGCUGAUGAGGAGACCGACAAAGACGAGACCGUAGAGCAACAAACCACCUUACCUGUGCCCUGCUCAGUCAAUCAACCCAAAAUCCACAGCAGAAAGUUCAGAGACUACUGCAGCCAGAUGCUGAGCAGAGACGUGGAUGAGUGUGUGACCGCUCUGCUAAAGGAGCUGGUUCGUUUCCAGGACCGCCUUUACCAGAAGGACCCCAUGAAGGCCCGCAUGAAGAGACGGAUUGUGAUGGGACUCAGAGAGGUCCUGAAGCACCUCAAACUCAGGAAGGUCAAGUGUGUCGUCAUCUCACCCAACUGUGAACGUAUUCAAUCCAAAGGUGGUCUGGAUGAGGCUGUCCACACUAUCAUCGACACGUGUCGUGAACAGGGGGUGCCAUUCGUGUUUGCACUGUCCAGGAAAGCUUUGGGCCGCUGUGUCAACAAGGCAGUGCCUGUCAGCCUGGUGGGCAUCUUCAACUAUGAUGGUGCACAGGACUACUACCAUAAGAUGAUCGAGUUGUCAUCUGAGGCCAGGAGGGCCUAUGAGGUGAUGGUGUCAAGCCUGGAGCAGACCGGCCAGGCAGACGCAGAGCAGGCAGUCAAUGUUGAGGAAGAGCUGCAGAUCAGCAGCCUGACUGAAGAGGCUGAGCCUUGUCCUGACACCACACAGCCAGAGGAACCAGAAUACAUAAAAAUUUGGAAGAAAAUGUUGGAGAAGGAGUACAACCAUAAAUUUUUGAACUUUGAGGAGCAGCUGAGCUCCAUGCGCUUGGACAGUGAAUGUACUGAAAACACUGAAGAUGUGAAGAGUUGACAGUGGUGAAGCCCUCCAUGCCUAAAAAAGGAACCCACUUGUGCUGAUCACCACAGUAGAAGAAACUAGGAUGGACUUGUUCUCACAUGCAGAAAAAGAGUAUCACAAGGUGUUGGUGCUUCUCAACCUGGGGAGUUUGUCAGGAAAUUAAUCAUUUUGCAAUGAAUUAUGAACUCCUUUACUUUUUUUUUUUUUUUUUUUUGUGUAAAGCUAAAGGCAAUUUUUUGUGUUUGAGUUCUAGCUAAAUGGGCAAAGCUGUGCAUAUAAAGAGUGUGUGUGUGUGU